AUGUCUACCCCUCUCACUACUGCCGAAGAUAAAAGGCGGCGGAAUACUGCUGCUAGUGCACGGUUCAGGCUGAAAAAGAAAGAGCGCGAAAUAGCUCUUGACAAGCAAACAAAGGAGUUGGAGGCAAGGGUCAAUGAGUUAGAGAAACAAUGUGAAGGACUUCGCCGAGAGAAUGGCUGGUUGAAAGGCCUGGUCGUCGGUGUGACAGGGGGUGCUCAGAAGUCAUCAACGGGAUUGCAGCCUCGCAGGGAAGAAAUAUUGUGUUGA